CUUCCACCCGCUGCGUACUAACUAAUUAGACCCUCUCUCUGCUGCAACCUUCCUCCACUACUACUUCCCACUCCUUCCGAUCCCUUGCUACCAUUUUCCCUUCUUUUUCUUCUUCUUCUUGUUUUUCUUCCUUCCUUACCUACGCAGGCCGUACGAUGUUGACCCGAACUACUUUACUCUACCGCGACUGAGCUGGAUACGAUCGUUCUCUUAAAUAUCAUGGCCGACACUCUCAAAGCUGCCGCAACACCGACACCCACGUCGAGAAAGGAUACUAUCCUGUCACGGCGUUGGAUCGAAGGUCAGAUCGCCGAAGGCAAGCAUGUUAUUGUUUACGACGACCGGGUGUUGAAAGUCGAUGCAUGGAUCAAAUUCCAUCCGGGUGGUGACAAGUCGAUUAAGCAUAUGGUGGGAAAAGAUGCGACGGAUGAGAUCAAUGCUUUACAUUCAAAGGAAGCGCGCCAGCGGAUGUUGGCCUUCCAGAUCGGACGCAUCCAGGGUCCGUGGUUAAACUUCCUCCCACCGAUCCAAGGCGGGAAGUUCCGCCCAUAUACCGAGGCAACUUGCACGUCAGAUGAAGACAGUUCUGGUCAGGACAUGUCUACACCGCCGUCUCCGAUCUUCGACUCAGUUGACGCUAAGCCCGGCCUCCGCCGGCGAAAGUCUGUUUCCUCGGAUACGUCCGUUUCCACCUCAGCGACCCCGGAGUUUGAGCCAAAGCCGUUCUUUCUCGACGCUCGAACCCAGGAAGAGAUCGUCCUUGAUGUUGCCAAAUACCCGUCUUUGGAUACGGAAAGCCAGGAGAGUAUCAAACAGAAGUAUCGUGCAUUAGACCAGCGGAUUCGUGAUGAAGGCCUAUACGACUGCAACUAUUUCUCUUACUUCAUUGAAUGCUGCCGCUAUACGCUCUUCGCGUCUCUGUCCUACCUAUUCCUCCGCUUGGGUUGGUAUGCAACCUCGGGAUUCUUUUUAGGAUGCUUCUGGCACCAGCUCGUCUUCACCGCCCAUGAUUCAGGACACAUGGGCAUUACCCAUCAUUUCCACGUGGACAGUGUGAUUGGCAUCAUCAUUGCCGAUUACCUUGGAGGUCUAAGCCUAGGAUGGUGGAAGCGCAACCACAAUGUCCACCAUAUUGUGACGAAUGCACCUGAACAUGACCCCGAUAUCGAACACAUGCCCUUCUUUGCCAUCUCGCACCGUUUCCUCACCAGUCUCCGCAGCACGUACUAUGAACGUAUUAUGACGUUUGACGCCUUUGCCAACUUCAUGCUACGCUAUCAAAACUAUCUUUACUAUCCGAUUCUCUUGUUUGGUCGCUUCAACUUGUAUCGCCUAAGCUGGGAAUAUCUGCUGUGCGGUCAAGCGCCGAAAAAAGGCCCUGCUUGGUGGCACCGGUGGUUUGAAAUCGGUGGCCAAAUCUUCUUCUGGUAUUGGUUUGGGUACGGCGUGGUGUACCGUAGUAUUCCCGACUGGGGUAGCCGGCUGAUUUUCAUUUUGAUCUCGCACAUGGUGACUGCCCCGUUACACGUGCAGAUUACUCUCUCCCAUUUUGCCAUGUCGACGGCCGACCUGGGUGUCAACGAGUCUUUCCCCCAGAAGAUGCUUCGCACCACCAUGGAUGUCGACUGCCCAACCUGGCUUGACUUCUUCCACGGAGGUUUGCAGUUCCAGGCCAUUCACCACCUGUACCCACGCAUCCCACGCCACAACCUGCGUCGUACUCAAAAGUUAGUUAUGGAAUUCUGCCGCGACACUGGCAUCCCGUAUGCCGUCUUCACCUUCUACGAUGGCAACAAAGAAGUUAUCGGAAAGCUUGGUGAUGUCGCGAAGCAGGUCCGUAUCCUUGAUGAAUGCCGGAAGUCGUGCGCCCAACAGGGCGUCUUCUCAGACCAUCACUAGAUGGCUACCGUGCUCUUCUAGAUGCGUACUGCCCCUCUGAUUAACCGUGGUCUCUGCGAUCAACCGCAUACUCUGGCCCCGUGUAUAUAUUGCACAGUUGUAUAUAAUAAUGCCUGCGGACUGUCUUGGGGUAUCGGUACCGGCCACCGUUGGAAGAUUUGAUGUCGACAGAUUCGUAAUGCCCUAUUGAUGAUGAGAUAAUGUCCCUCAGUUUGACGUCGGUUAUUAUUUAUAUGUAUGAGCAUCCACUUUAGAGAGUAGAAUUAUGAUCAUACCAUAUGACUUACAAAUCCACGUUCCCUUACAUAUUAUACUUG